UUGUAUUUCCGGUUCCCUUUUGCUGUGAAGAACGUUUUAGUUUCAGAAGGUUAGUCUUUGGAGUUUUGCGGAUUCUUAACUAGCUAACUACCUAUUCUAAAUGAUGUCCUUUAGUAAAUAAAAUGAAUACAGUUUUUAUAACAAGCCAAAGACAUACAGUAUGCGGCCUGAAAUUACAUGUUUGAUUUGCGCUGCCGGAACAGAUGUAAACAAACUGGAUGGCUAACGUUAGCUAGCUAACAUUUGCUACCAGAGCGUAAUAAAACAGCCAGUUGAUUCAACUGGUUUGAUGUGAGGAUCUUCGAAAACAGUGUUUAGUUGUGAAUGCCUAGUAGCUAGUAAUCAGCUAUACCGUUUGUGUACACAGUGUACACGCGUUACAAUGCAAUGCAACAUCACCAGGCAGCUAUAUUUAUCCUAAGCGCUAGCUAUAUAGAUUUGCUGAUUUUCAACUGAUCUGGAUGACGCAUACUACCCACUGCCCAUUAAAAUAUCCACGUACUAAGGACAGGCUGGUGUGUCAUUUUUUGCUGUCCUGCGAAACCCUAUCAUGGGCCUCUUCUUAGAGUCCCUCCAGGCGGUGUAGUUGGUGGUCUGGGCCACUCGCUAUGCAUCUUCACAAACACAGAGUGGAGACUCAAGUGCUUAUUUUUCUGUUGAAGCGCUGGAUGGAAGGUGUGCUCUGACUGGAGUCCAACUAGAACCAACUCAUCUCAUUUAGAGAGGAUACAGCAGCUUCUGUAGUAUUCAAUCAUGGAGAAGAUGGCGCGUGUGACCACCGCCUUAGGCAACAGCGCUAUCAGUGGUUGCACCAUGUUCUGCCAUCUGGAUGCGCCGGCCAAUGCCAUUAGCGUAUGCCGAGAUGCGGCGCAGGUGGUGGUGGCUGGGCGCAACAUCUUCAAAAUAUACGCGCUGGAGGAGGAGCAGUUCGUGGAGAAGCUGAACCUGCGCGUCGGGCGCAAGCCCUCCCUCAAUUUCAGCUGCGCCGACGUCAUGUGGCACCAGAUGGACGAGAACCUGCUGGCCACUGCCGCCACGAACGGGGCUGUGGUCACCUGGAACCUGGGCAAACCGUCUCGGAACAAGCAGGACCAGCUCUUCACUGAGCACAAGCGCACAGUCAACAAGGUCUGCUUCCACCCCACGGAGGUUUACAUGCUGCUCAGCGGGUCUCAGGAUGGCUACAUGAAGUGCUUUGACCUGCGCAAGAAAGAGUCUGUCAGCACCUUCUCAGGGCAAUCGGAAAGUGUGAGAGACGUGCAGUUCAGCAUGAGGGACUACUUCACGUUUGCUGCUUCUUUUGAGAAUGGCAACGUGCAGCUGUGGGACAUCAGGCGGCCAGACCGGUACGAGAGGAUGUUCACUGCGCACACUGGACCCGUCUUCUGCUGUGAUUGGCACCCCGAGGACAGAGGGUGGCUGGCAACGGGCGGCCGAGACAAGAUGGUGAAGGUGUGGGACAUGACCACCAACCGGGCCAAGGAGAUCCACUGCGUGCAGACCAUCGCCUCGGUGGCGCGGGUGAAGUGGCGGCCCGAGCGGAAGUGGCACCUGGCCACGUGCUCCAUGAUGGUGGACCACAACAUCUACGUGUGGGACGUGCGCCGGCCCUUCAUCCCCUUCGCCACCUUUGAGGAGCACAAGGACGUCACCACGGGCAUCGUGUGGCGCCAUCUGCACGACCCCUACUUCCUGCUCUCGGGCUCCAAGGACAGCACCCUGUACCAGCACAUGUUCCAGGACGCCAGCAGGCCCGUGGACAAGGCCAACCCGGAAGGCCUCUGCUUCGGCCUGUUCGGCGACCUGGCCUUCGCCGCAAAGGAGAGCCUGAUCAGCGGCGACUCCAACAGGAAGCCCUAUGCCGGGGGGGACCGCCGAUACCCCAUCUUCUUCUUCAAGAAGCCCGACCUGACCGAGCAGUUCGCCCACGUGUCCAGCGCGCUCAGCGUCUUCGAGACCGACCUGGAGAGCAGCCGCAUGGACUGGUUCGUGAAGACGGCCAGGCUCUACCUGCUCAGCGGGAAGCCCUUCGCCGAGCUCUGCGACCACAACGCCAAGGUGGCCAAGGAGCUCAAACGACCUCAGGUUUCAACUACAUGGACAAUGUUAAGGAUAAUGUUUUCUGACCCAGGAAGCCUCAGCACAGUGACUCCAAACCUUAAUAUUAGUAAAAUGGGAACCUUGCCUCUUAUGAACAGCUUCAACAUGAAGGAGAUGUCUGCAGGUCUGGGCAACGAGAGCCGCCUGGACCGCAGCAAGGGAGAGAUCAGACAGGACAACAUCCACAUGGACCCUGGAAACUCCCUCAUCAACAAUAACGACGAAAACGAAGAGACGGAAGGCAGUGAGGGGCAGGCUGAAUACAUGUUUGGCGAUGCCGAGCUGGACGACGAUGACCUGUACUCCAUGGAGCAUGACAACCAGGCUGCGGAGGAGCCGGAGUACACCCUGCCCCAGGAGGCCUUCCCGCUCCGCCACGAGAUCGUGGACAACCCGUCGGCGCCAGAGCACCUGCAGGACAAGGCCGACUCGCCGCACGUGAGCGGGAACGAGGCGGAGAGCGUGUGCCUGACGCCCAUCGAGUCCUUCUCGCUCAUCUCCAUCUCGCAGCCGCUGUUCGGCUCGCACCUGCCGCCGCGCUUCUUCGGGCCCGUGCUGCAGGAGAUGCUGCGCUACUACGCCGAGCAGGGCGACGUGCAGAUGGCCGUGUCCGUGCUCAUCGUCCUGGGCGACCGCAUACGCAAGGAGAUCGACGAGCUCACGCAGGAGCACUGGUACAUGUCCUACAUUGACCUGCUGCAGCGCUUCGAGCUCUGGAAUGUCUCCAAUGAGGUCAUCAAGCUGAGCACUUGCAGUGCGAUUAACUGCCUGAACCAGGCCUCCACCACGCUGCACAUCAACUGCAGCAACUGCAAGCGGCCAAUGAGCAACAAGGGCUGGAUCUGUGACAGGUGUCACCAGUGUGCCAGUAUCUGUGCCGUGUGCCACCACGUGGUAAAGGGGCUGUUCGUGUGGUGCCAGGGCUGCAGUCACGGCGGGCACCUGGAGCACAUCAUGAACUGGCUGAAGAGCAACUCGCACUGCCCCGCGGGCUGUGGGCACCUGUGCGAAUACACCUGAGAAAGAGAGAGAGAGAGAGCUCGCCCGUCUGGGAGGGGCUACGCAAUGUCACGUGACAGGGUGUUUCCAUUAAGUUAUGUUGUUUAGUUUUUUUUUAACCUUGAUCUCCUUUAUUGCCACUCAAGAGCUCCUUGCCGCGCUCGAAACAGUGUACGUCUGUAAACUGCUGCUGUUACUGAGGAGGGGGAAAAAAAAACAAGAACCGGGAACAUGAGUUGAUCUGAAACAUUUUCUGGCCUUUUCCUGAAAGGUUGCUGCUGCCACAGGCUGUGAAGUUAUUCCCCCCACCUCCAUAUCCCUUGCUAGAUAUUGACCAACCCCCACAUCCACACCCCCAGCUAGCGUCCGCUCAGGCAGGACCUCGCUGUGCUGUCCUGACAGGGGGGUCGGUGUGGUAACACCUCAGCACAGAGGCCUGCUCGCUGCUCCGCUAGCCACUUUCGGGGUCCAGUUUUGAAGGGCGGCUAGUUGCCUGUUUUGGUGCUAAGUCAUUUGCGUAUCAGGCUUUUCAUUGAUUGUUCCCUCCAAGGAUCAAAGCCGGGCCAGAGCUAUUAAAGGGAAUCUGCCGACAAUGCAAUAAAGACGUUACUGAGCUUUAUAUACUGGUAUAUAUGUGCUGCCCGUCAAUCUAAAUGAACAAACAAGUACUGUUUUUCAAUGGAAGGGAAUAUGUGUACUAAACUGAUCCAAGCAACACAUCGUCUGCCGAGUUUUUGAUGGACCCCUGCCACGUCACCAACAUAGAGAGUAAAUAAUGUGUUGCAAUGGGUGAAGAGGCCAAGGAUGGACAGGAUCGAGAUAUUUUCACACUAUGGUGUACAAGAAGUACACAAAGUCAUUAAAACAACACCUUCACUUAAAUGGCCUUAUUCAUUUUGACACCUCAGUGUGUCUUACUAUUUGAAAUUGAAUUGCCAAUGUAUUUUUAUACAAGUAUUUUCCCCGGGCGUGAUGCUCCUACUAUUUCACAAUGAAGUCGGGCAGAACUACCACACUUUUUGUUUAAAAAAAAUAAUGAAAUCUGACAAUUGUACAUAGUAUAAUUUAUUUUGUUGAAAUUGAUGUAUAUUGUUGGUAAUGUUAAUUUAUCUGUUAUGCCUCAUAGUGUCACAGUACAGGACCCCUUGGCCCGAGGCGCUCUAUCAGUCUGAGUGUUCCUUGUGUAUAGAACAGGUUUUUAUUAAUAAACGUGGAAUACAGAA